GGUCAUGUGACUCGAGUUCUGGACGUUGAAAUAAUGUUGAUUAUAAUUUAAUUUAUAGCAUCUUAGUUAAUAGCAGUCAUAUCUGAGUACCUGACACAGGUCGUCUAGAAGUAUAUCACGGUGCCUAGCGGUCGGAUCGUUAUUAGUUGUUAUUACUUUUAUAUAAUUCAAGUUAAGCUAUUUUUUUUUUUUGCUUACAUUCAAAUACAGUGAUUUUCAUCAGACAAUACCUAUUAUAAUUAAGUUCCUUUUAAAAAUUACGUAAUUAUGCACACUGUUAUUAAUAAAUAUUCUUUAGUCUGCAAUGCUACCAAAAAUAUAUUGUGCGGCUGUCUCAAACGGCAUUCGUCUCAUUUCGUAUAUCACCCUGAACGGAUUUCCGAAGAACUCGGUAAAACUAGUAAGAAGAAUAUGUAUCAGGCAAUCAAUAGUGCCAUGGAUUUGGUACUCAGCAAAGAUUCAAACAGCGUUGUAUUUGGCGAAGACGUAGGAUUUGGUGGUGUAUUUAGAUGUACUAGUGGCCUGCGUGAACGAUAUGGCGAGGACCGCGUUUUUAAUACACCACUCUGCGAACAAGGUAUUGUUGGUUUUGGAAUUGGUCUUGCUGUAGCCGGAACCACAGCAAUUGCAGAAAUUCAAUUUGCAGAUUACAUGUUUCCUGCAUUAGACCAAUUAGUGAACGAAGCAGCAAAAUAUCGGUACCGUUCUGGUAAUUUAUUUGACUGUGGUAAAUUAACUGUACGUACUCCUUGUUCUGCUGUUGGUCAUGGAGCACUAUAUCAUUCACAGAGUCCUGAAAGUUUUUAUGCUCAUUCACCUGGACUUAAAAUUGUUAUGCCUCGCAGUGCACUAACAGCAAAAGGGUUACUUCUAUCUUGUAUACGUGAUCCAAAUCCGUGCAUAUUUUUUGAGCCUAAAAUUAUGUAUAGAUUAGCAGUUGACGAUGUGCCUGAUGAUGAUUAUGAACUUCCAUUAGGAAAAGCUGAUGUGUUGAUCGAGGGUAAAGACAUAACAUUAAUUGGUUGGGGUACUCAAGUUCAUGUGUUGCUUGAAGUCGCAGAAAUAGCUAAUAAAGAUUUUGGAAUUUCUUGUGAAGUAAUUGAUUUGGUGACCAUUCUACCUUGGGAUAAACAAACAGUGGCAAACUCUGUGAAAAAAACUGGCCGUGCUAUAGUGUCCCAUGAAGCUCCCUUAACUGGUGGUUUUGGUGCUGAAAUAUCUGCUUCAAUACAAGAAGAAUGUUUUCUCCAUUUAGAGUCUCCAAUACGACGUGUGACAGGUUAUGAUACCCCAUUUCCUCAUGUUUUUGAACAGUUUUACUUACCAAACAAAUGGAAAUGUUUACAAGCCAUUAAAGAAUUAGUUAAUUAUUAAUAAUAAACUAAGAUUUUUAAUUUAAUUAUUAUUUAUUAUUAAAAUUGUACUUUUAUAGCUUAUUAAAUUAUUUUAAUAUA